AUGGCUUCCACCAUGAGGUUGCUGGUUGGCAUUGCUGCUGCGUUUUUCUUUCAACUCUGCCAGGCUAAGAUCGUCACGUAUGAUUUUAACUUAACCUGGGUUACUGCCAAUCCCGACGGCCUUCAUGAGCGCAAAGUCCUUGGUAUCAAUGGCCAAUGGCCAUUGCCCGUGAUUGAAGUUGAGAAGGGUGACCAGCUGGUGGUCAAUAUGCAUAAUGGUCUUGAGGACAAAAAGUCCUCGAUCCAUUUCCACGGCAUGUACCAGAAUGGAACAAACAAUAUGGACGGACCUUCUAUGGUUACUCAGUGUCCUGUUAUGCCCGGAUCUUCAUACACGUACAACUUCACUGUAAACCAGGUCGGCACGUACUGGUAUCACUGCCACACUGACUGGUGCUAUCCUGAUGGACAGCGCCAGGCACUUAUUGUGCGGGACAAGGAUGCUUAUUUCGCCGAUGAGAUUGAUGGGGACAUCACACUGACUAUGAGUGAUUGGUAUCAUAAUAUGACCGAGAAUCUUUCUCACUCCUUCCUUUCGCCUUCAAACCCCGAUGGUGAUGAGCCUGUGCCUAAUGCAUUCCUAUUCAACGACACUCUGAGCACAAGCAUCCCCGUUGAAACCAGCAAGACUUAUAUGCUACGUUUAGUCAAUAUCGGUACCUUUGUGAGCCAAUAUUUCUAUAUUGAGGGCCAUACCUUCCGUAUUGUGGAAAUCGACGGUGUCUAUACUGAGCCGACUGAGGCAGAUAUCCUGUACAUUGCUGUUGCCCAGAGAUAUUCUAUUCUGGUAACUACCAAGAGUACCGCGGACAAGAAUUUCCCUAUUGUCACUGUGGCUGAUGCACAACUUCUCGACUCAAUUCCGGACACAUUGAGGUUGAAUCAGACGAACUGGCUGGAAUAUGACGCGGAUGCUGGUCACCCGCAAGCCGAUCUCAAAAUCACAUCUUCGACCCAGCUCGAUCCCUUCGAUGAUACCAAGCUCUACGCAUAUGAUAAGAUGGAGUUACUGCCAGAGCCCGACAUUACCAUUACCGUCAACGUAGCCAUGCAAGAAGCGAGCAACGGGGAAGGCUACGCCUAUUUCAACAACAUCUCCUACGUCAAGCCAAAGGUGCCAACUCUAUACUCAGUUCUCUCAUCAGGAGAUCUUGCAACGAACCCCGAGGUAUACGGAACGGAUACCCAUCCCUACGUCCUAGGCCAUAACGAAGUUGUCGAAAUUAUACUCAACAACAACGACACCGGCGCGCACCCCUUCCAUCUACACGGCCAUAACUUCCAGUUAGUCGACCGUUUCCCAGCUUACGGCAAACAUUUCUUCGACUACGCCGACACUGACUACCGAGUCACCUACGACCCGUCAAACCACACGGCUUUCCCCAAGGUUCCUGCACGCAGAGACACGUUCAUUGUGCCCCCACAAGGCUACUUUGUUAUUCGCUUUGUGGCGGAUAACCCAGGUGUGUGGUUCUUCCACUGCCAUAUUGACUGGCAUUUGAUGCAGGGGCUGGCUAUGACCAUGAUUGAAGCACCUGAACAGAUUCAGGAGAAGAUUUCCAUUCCGCAAGAACAAUAUGACGUGUGCGAAGCUGCUGGUAUUGCUACCGAGGGCAAUGCUGCUGGGAACACCAAGAAUUAUCUUGAUCUAAGUGGGCAGAACGCGAUGGUUCCUAUUUAG